UUGCUGCGCCUGCGCGGCGUUUCACAUGAAGGGUCAAGUGCCGCUAACACAAUGGCCACUCCAGCAGUACGGAUGUUUCGCAGGUUAGAGGGCUUGUUUUGUGUCUAUAAACCCUCUGGUGUGCACUGGAAACAUGUUCGGGACACCAUCGAGACUAAUCUUCUCAAAGGUGUGAACAGUACACCUGCUCAGCCUCUUCCUCAUGAGGUUCGCUUCUUGGCCCAACCAAACAGUGGCACUGAAACAGCCAAAGGACUGACGCUGUCUGCAACAUUGGCGCCAGUACUGUCCAGCCACCCUCUAGUGACUGGACCUGAAUUCCAGCGUAUGCGAGUUGGGGUGGGACAUCGCCUGGAUGCUGCGUCCUCUGGGGUUCUGGUUCUCUCUGUUGGGAGUGGAAACAAGUCUCUGAAUGAGCUCUACAAUACACGAGUCACAAGGGACUACACCUUGGAAUGUGAAUUUGGCACUGCAACACAUGAUUUCUCUGACACGGGCCGAGUUGUGGAAAAGACCACUUAUGAUCACAUCACAAAGGAUAAGCUGGAGAGAGUGAUUGCAAUGCUGGAAGGAGCCAACCAAAAGGCACUGAGAAUGUACUCCAAUUUAGACAUGAGUUCACAGGAGGCCUAUGAGAUGGCUGUGCGAGGUUUGCUGGGGCCAGAGGGGAAAUCGGCUCCCAUUUUGACAGGCUUACGCUGCGUUCACUUCCAACCACCCAGCUUUACUUUAGAGGUGCAGUGCUUAAAUGAAACUCAGAAGUACUUGCGUAAAGUUGUGCACGAGCUGGGGCUUGAGCUGCGCAGCACAGCAGCCUGUAAAGGAGUGAGACGCACUCGAGACGGACUCUUCACUGUGGAGGAUGCCCUCACACGGAACCACUGGGCCGCUGCUGACAUCAUGCAGGCCGUCCGACUAUACCACUCCAAGAGAAAAAGAAAGCCCUCAAAGCAGCCCAUCCAGAAAGUGCCACUACAGGUUCCUGACGAAAGUAGUCGGCCGACUAAAGAAAGUUCAUCAGUAGAUCCAGUUCAACGCAUCGUCGCUGGAAGUAGCAGCUAA